GGGGGUACGGUUUCCGUGGGGUCGACUGGUUUAACGUCACCGAGCUAUAAUCACUAUCUAUAGUAUACACUCUAAAAACAGUCUAGUCAAAUAAUCAUAAUUAACAAGAUUUCCUAACUUGAAAAUCAGUCAAUUUCUAGUUAAUUUGCUCCAUGGAGAUAGUUACGUUUGACGGGUUUUACUAAUGCGCGCAGGGAACAAGCGCGCCGGUCGCCGCUUAUAGCCGAUCGUGCGUAUACACUGCUGCCGUAGUUGUGGCCAAGCUUGCUAUCUCAUACAUAUCUGGAUUUUCGAUGGAUGAUUUCGUGAAGCAAAGGCUGCUGGAAUGGGGGAUGGAGGAGUUAACACACACUUUCAAGGAGACCAGUCAGACCACACCAGAAGCCACUGCUAACAUAGCCACAGCCACUGCUACCAAAGCCACAGUCACUGCUACCACAGACACAGUCAAUUCUACCCCAUCCCAGGCAGGGUCAGCUGCUGACGAAGACCCUGAUGACGAACUCGAGGAGGCCCUGACACAGGACCAGCCGGACGAUGAGGUGCUACUCCCUGGUGAUGACCAACAUGAGGAGGGCCAUGCUGCUGCUGAAGGCUCUGACUCUCAGCACCCACACUUGGAGAGGGACGAUGAACAACAACAGCCUCACAAGAAGUCUCGCCGCAAGGCCCUCCUACUCGACAAUGACACUCAGGAGCAACUCUUCGAGUGGGUCAGGGAGCACGAACUUUUGUGGAGGAAGGGGGCCACCGACUACAAGGAUACAAAAAAGAAGAUGGAGCUUUGGACCAGGAAGGCAAGAGAGCUGGACAUUGAGGAGGGAGCUGAAGCUCUCAGGACAUGGUGGAAGUCAGUCCGGGACCUCUACACUAAGCUUCUCUCCAAGAAGUCUGGCCAGGCUGUAGCGAACUUGACAGACAGAGAACUGUUCAUCAAGAUGAACUGCGCCUUCCUAUGCAAGGAGGUGAAGCCCAGGAAAGGUCAGCCACUUAGAAGCAUACCCCUCACACAGGAAUCUGAAACCAGCCUGCCUCCAGCAGCCCAGCCCUCGGCAUCGGCCAGCACCUCUCACCAGCCUUCCCAGGAUGUCGAGGAACGCAGAGCCGAGCCUGAAGACUCCCCUGCGAUGCUGGAGAUGAGGGAUUUUAUGAAGGCCACCAACACCCUCAUGGAAAGACUGGUCCAAGCCCAGGAGAUCAGCCAUGCAAGGCAGCCCUUCAUCACUUACAUGUCCCACUCUCUCCUACGACUACCUGAGACCCAGUACCAGCUCACAGUGGAGAGAAUGACGGCCAUCCUCCACGAGAUGCAGCGAUCCAUCUCCCACCCCCUUCCUCCAGCUCCUCCACAUCCAGGAUCAGCAUUUUCACCCACAGUCACCUUCUACCAGCAGCAGCAGCCACAUUAUUUCCAGCCUCGGUCUCUGCAUCAUGGCUUCCAGCAGCCUCUCGACUUCCAGAAACAGUCUCAGCCUAACCAUCAGCCUCAGCACGUCCAGAGACCCACAGUCAGCCAGACAUCAUCCACUCCAAGGAGCUCCACCGAAAGACUAAUGACGUCAAGCAUGCCGAACUGUUCCUCCAUUCAACACACCAACAUGAGCACCGUCAGCGAGGGGGUGAUUCUCCAGGACGCCCAGAGGCAGGAGGUGAACACUCCACCCAUACCAAUCACCACCUCAGCUCAAGAGACUGCCGAUGUACUUGCAGAGGGGAUGGCCCACAUCAAGGAGAAUUGAGACUGUUUGUGAUGUGUCGAAGAGACUGCUGAGAUAUUUCAUGUGGUUUUUGUUUAAGGGAUGAGCUGGCCAGCUUUCUUGAUGUUUGCUGUUUAUUGUUUUACUUUUGAAUACAGAUGUUAUCUGAGGCAAUAUUAUUUAUUGAAUUUGUGUUCCUUAAAUCUAUAAUUAUGUUAUGUCUUUCCGUAUUUUCUACCUUGUAAUGUUAUGUUUAUCAUACGUACAACUGUGAAACGGGGAAACAAUAAAAAACAAGUGGAAUGCCUCUGGCCGUCUCACCUGCAUCACGCGGUUCAAUAUAGCAGCAGUGCUG